AUGACUAUUGAGUCAGGUAAAAAGAGCACCAUACCUCAGCCGGAGGAUCCUCCAUCGUUCGAUCCAGAAGUCGAGAGUGGCACGGUCUCGACAAGCACAGUGGAUGGUGGACUUCGGCGUACACUGGGGAAUCGACAAAUUCAGCUUAUAGCUGUCGGAGGAUCUAUUGGGACUGCUAUCUUCAUAACUAUUGGCACAGCACUAGCCCAUUCCGGGCCGGGGAGCUUGAUCCUCGCUUUCGUCUGCCAAAAUAUUAUACUGGCAUUUGUCAAUAACUGCAUGGCUGAAAUGACCGUCUACAUGCCAGUGGAUGGAGGUUUCAUUCGCCUCGCAUCGAAGUGGGUCGACCCGGCUUGGGGGUUCAUGGCAGGUUGGAAUUUCUUCCUCUACGAAGCCCUGAACAUCCCAUUUGAAAUAACAGCAAUUUAUUCUAUUCUAUCGUGGUGGCGUGACGACAUUCCGCCAGCGGUCGUGUGUGCGGUUUGCAUCUUUGUUUACGGUGUUUUGAAUUGUCUCGUGGUUCGAAUAUACGGGGAGUCGGAAUUUUGGCUAUCGAGCGGAAAGGUCCUUCUGAUAUUCAUCCUUUUUUGCUUCACGUUUGUGACAAUGGUAGGGGGGAAUCCAGAGGGUGAUCGAUACGGGUUCCGCCAUUGGCGAAAUUCUGGUGCUUUUGCCGAAUAUCUACACCCCGGAAGUCUUGGAAGAUUUGAGGGAUUCCUUUCCGCCAUUUGGUAUGCAGCUUUCACCUGCGUCGGACCGGAAUAUAUCUCCAUGAUCGCAGCGGAGGCUAAACAUCCUCGGGUCUACUUGAAGUCCGCUUUCAAGACUGCAUACUGGAGAUUUGGCGCCUUCUUCAUCGGUAGCUCCUUGUGCGUGGGAGUCAUCAUUGCUCACAAUGACCCCGUCUUGGUAGAUAUUGCGAAUGGCGAGUCUACUCGAUCUGGAGCAGCGUCAUCUCCCUACGUUAUUGCCAUGGAAAACCUCGGAGUUAACGUCCUACCGCAUAUUGUCAAUGCUCUUUUGAUCACCACGGUUUUUUCGGCGGGUAACACUUACGUUUACGCGUCUUCGAGGAGCCUGUACGGACUGAGCCUUGAUGGAAAGGCACCCAAAUUCCUGCGAAAAUGUACCAAACGAGGUGUUCCAAUAUACUGCAUUGCAGUAUCAAUUUCGUUCUCUCUGUUGUCCUUUCUACAACUCUCUGACAGCUCGUCUAGCGUCCUGACAAUGCUCAUCAAUGUGCUGAGCGGGGCAGCUGUUAUCAAUUUCAUCGUGAUGUCGGCCACGUAUAUCCGAUUCUAUAAAGCAUGCAAAUAUCAGGGCCUUGAUAGGUCCAGCCUCCCUUAUAAAGGCUACUUACAGCCCUGGUCGAGUUACAUAGCCUUCACCUGGAUGGCAGGCAUUGCAAUUUUCUAUGGAUAUGCCAGUUUCACUCCUUGGAACGUCACUGAAUUUUUUACUCAUUACACAAUGAUUCUGUUUGCCUGUCUGACCUUUUCCGGGUGGAAACUUGUUCACAGAACGAGGUUUCUGUCCCCACGAGACAUUGACUUACGGUGGGAGGCCCCUGAGAUCGCGGCUUACGAGGAUGCCGCCGCUAUUGAUGAUCCGCCUAUCGGAUUUUGGAAAGAGGUACUUGGCUUUCUCGGUCAUUUGAUUACCCAAGGGCCUCUUCCAGGCUCUCUAGCAUGA